AUGAAGCUCCCCUUCGAGCUUGACUCGCUCAACUUCGGGCUUUUCUCGCCCUGUUCGACCACUUACACGGCGCUCGGUGCCCUGACCGCUGUUCUGAUCGUCGUCUACUCCUACUCCAUUGCGAAGGACAGGAAGCGGCGAGGUCGAACACCUUAUCCUCCCGGACCCAAGGGCGAACUACUUUUCGGCAACGCGCGCCAGAUCCCGCCCCAGAAGCAAUGGGAACACUUCGCAAAAUGGCGCGAGGAGUACGGUCCGCUCGUGUUCAUGCGCAUUCUGAGCACGCCUUACAUCGUCAUCAACUCGGGCAAGGUCGCAUUCGAGUUGCUCGACAAGCGUAGCGGCAUCUACAGCGACCGCCCUCAAAGUAUCAUGGCAAUGGAGCUGGUCGGAUGGGACUUUAACAUGACGCUUGUCCCUUACACCACGCCCAACGACAAGUGGAGACGUCACCGGCGAGUCAUGCACCAGGCGCUCAAUUCCCGCGCUGUGGACAAGUACAAGUCGAUGCAGCUAGCAGAAACACAUCUCUUCCUCCAGCGCGUCGUCGACAACCCCGAAAAUCUCGAUCCUGAUGUUCGUCGCUUGGCUGGCUCGACUAUAAUGAAGAUGGCGUAUGGCUAUACUGUCAAGGCGGACGAUCCUUACGUCCACAUGGUCGAACACGCUGUCGAUGGUCUCACGCAAACCCUUGGCGUCGGUUUCCUAGUCGAUGCUCUGCCUUUCUUGAAAUACGUGCCGGGAUGGUUCCCUGGUGCCGGGUUUAAAACGCUCGCCAAAGAAUGGCGAGUUAGCACGCGCGGUAUAUUGGAAAAGCCUUGGGCUCAUCUGAUGGACGAAUACUACGCUGGCAAGGCUCGCGAGUCGUAUUGCACCACCCUUCUGGAAGCUCAUGGCGGUCCCGCGUGCGACGCUGAGAUGCAAGAGACAAUCAAAGAGACCAGCGCCGUCAUCUACGCAGCCGGCGCGGACUCGACGCUUUCUCUCAUCUGCUCCUUCUUUCUUGCCAUGGUGCUCCAUCCCAACGUGCUCAAACGCGCGCAAGAGGAACUCGACCGCGUCGUCGGCUCCGAUCGGUUGCCCACCUUCGAAGACCGCCCCAACUUGCCCUACGUUGACUGCGUCAUCCGGGAGACCUACCGAUGGAAUCCCGCGGCGCCGAUUGGCGUGGCUCAUCGGCUCACGCAGGAUGACGUGUAUGAGGGCAUGUUCAUCCCGGAGGGCACGACGAUUCUGCCCAACAUCUGGGGCAUGAUGCACGACCCUGAGUUGUACGGUGAGGAUCACCUUGAUUUCAGGCCAGAGCGCCACGAAGGCCUUUCGGAGAAAAGGUUCAAGGAAACCGACCCCCGCAACUUCGCCUUCGGCUUCGGUCGCCGCAUCUGCAUCGGACAAUACUUCGCUGACAACGCUCUCUUCAUCGCUCUCUCGUCCAUCAUGCACUGUCUGGAUAUCCGUAAGAAGAUUGGUCCCGAUGGCAAGGUGGUCGAGCCAAAGGUCGAGUACCCCCACUUCGUCGGCCACCCUGCACCAUUCGACUGCGACAUCAAGUUGCGGGACGAGAAGAAGGGUUUGCUGAUCCGCGAGGCUAUUGCCGAUGGCCGUUGA